UAAACCACCUUCAUCCUUCACUCUCCUCUCUUCAUCACUCACUCAAAAAUGGCAGAAGAAAACACAAAAAAAAUCAAGUUUGGAAUUCUAGGUUGUGCAGAAAUAGCAAGAAAAGUAUCAAGAGCAAUUACGCUGUCACCAAACUCACAGCUCUAUGCUGUAGCUAGUCGUUCUAUUGAAAAAGCUAAGAACUUUGCUUUAACUAAUGGAUUUCCAUCAACUGCAAAGACUUAUGGAAGUUAUGAAGAGUUAUUAGAUGACCCAGAUGUUGAUGCUGUUUAUGUACCACUUCCAACGAGUUUACAUCUAAAGUGGGCAGUAAAAGUUGCUGAGAAAAAGAAACAUCUGUUAUUGGAAAAACCUGUUGCUUUGGAUGUCAGGGAGUUUGAUGUUAUUGUUAAAGCUUGUGAAGAUAAUGGUGUUCAGUUUAUGGAUGGUACCAUGUGGAUGCAUAAUCCUAGGACUUUGAAGAUGAGAGAGUUUCUGGAUGAUUCUGAAAAAUUUGGUGAAUUGAGAUCUAUGCACAGCAUCUUUACUUUUGCUGCCGGGGAUGAUUUUCUCAAGAAUGACAUUCGAGUGAAGCCGGAUCUUGAUGCGCUUGGAGCACUUGGUGACGUCGGAUGGUACUGCAUCAGAUCAAUCUUGUGGGUGGCCGACUAUGAAUUGCCUAAAACAGUUACUGCACUUCGUGGACCUAUUUUUAACAACUCAGGAGUAAUUCUUGCAUGUGGCGCUUCUUUGCAAUGGGAGGAUGGUAAAGUAGCCACCUUCCAAGCUUCCUUCCUUACUAAUCUCACCAUGGAUGUAACUGCAUUAGGAACAAAAGGUACUCUUCACCUUAGGGAUUUUGUUAUUCCUUUCCAAGAAACCUCUGGUAACUUUACAUUUGCCUCUAAGUCUGGUUUCGAAGAACUUGUGACUGGGUGGGUACCAUUGCCGAGCGAGCACAUCAUUCCAACUGAUCUUCCACAAGAAGCUCGGAUGGUCAAGGAGUUCUCAAGUUUGGUUCUAAGUAUUAAAGAAUCUGGUUCACAACCAGAAAAGAAAUGGCCAAGUAUUAGUAGGAGGACGCAAUUCGUUCUUGAUGCAGUUAAGAGGUCGAUUGAUCAGGGGUUUGAAACAAUUGAAAUUUUUAGCUAAAUUGGGCGAAAAUUCUGUUGUAUUUGAUCAUACACUUGUAUUAAAUAUGCUUGCAUUUUUCAUUUGAAGCUUAGGAUGGAACUUACUCUCACCGUUGAAUUUUAUUAUUAUCUGAUAGAGAAAUAUGUUGUUAUACCCAGUUCUAUUGUUUUCAAUUUGUUUCUGGUUUGUUUAAUCUAACUAAUGAUUACUCUGCA